AUGACUUUGCACCGCGUUACCCCGAGGUCAUGGACGAUCCAGAAGACACUGUUUACAGUGCUAUCUGACAUUACAAGCACAGAACUGGAACGGCUCGAUCUCGACAUUCAUUUAAACGGCCCCGAGCCACCAUUCCGAGAGGAAAUCGAGGAGACACUCGAAGGGGCGAAUACUCCGGAGCCUACCUCCACUUUCCACGCCAUUCUCUCCCGUAGUGUCUUCGACGAGCUUCCCGUCGCCGUCGAAUCUGAUCCAGGCGUACGCAUCACCAUGUUCUUCUAUACCGCAGUAGAUGAGCCACCGGCAGCAGACUCUGCCUUAAAGUCCCACGUGGUCGCUCUCUUCGCGCCGUGGUUGAAUCGUGGAGUCUUGAGAAUCAAGUUCCGCCCAGACCCUGAUGGCGAAUGGGAGGUCACUGGUGCACAGAGGAAGGCACCCACCGUUGACUCGGAGAAUAAAACACGGGCUGAUGCACUUGUCUUGGAAGGCAGACCUACGGAGGCCGGAGCGAACGAGUAUGGAGGGUCGACAUAGGGCGAGAACGCGGACGGGCAGAGUCAGACGAGGGGGCGAAGACGGGUACGAGCCGGGAUGCGGUUCGGGCGUGCAGGACUACGGUGCGAUGACGGCAUAUGCUCCUUGGCUCUCUGUUUUGUACACGGGACGAUGUUCGACUCGGACGACGCUGAUCCUUCAAGGGAACGAAUGUAUCUAUUGGUCAGCUUGUGUGAGUGCGUGUCAUAUCAGGAGGUCAGAGGUAGUCGAAACAUGUACGAAUAAACCGUUCGCAGAUGCCAAUCAUUACCUUC